AUGUCCGGUGUGGCAGGAGGAGCAGGCAAGAAAAGCAGUAGCCGGUCGGUUGCUACUAAAACCCUUAUCAUUCAAGAGUAUAAACNUCUCAACGACAACUUCAUAAACAUACUUAACGCUACAAAGGGUUCUAUUCUCCAAGUUCACGAUUUUCAGAUCAACACUGACGACGCGGCGCACAAGAACAGUUCGGGCAAAAUGACGGAAUACUACACGAUCAAAAAUGAAAUGGCAGCGCGAGCAGCACUUAUCGUGAGGGCAUGUGAUGAACUUUUGAAACUGACGAAUGAUCUGAAAGAAUUCCUCAUUCUCCACGACUUCAACUUCCUCACCCACGCCAUCAAAUCUGCCGAGGAAGAAUGUGACAAAAAGAUGAAAGCGCAAAUCCAAAAGCACAACGCUUUGCGAAUAGACGUAAGCAACUUGCUCACGGAUAUGGACAAGGAGUUAAUGGAACACUUCACAUUCAGACAUUGA